UCAAACGAGGAGUCCAAACACAAACUCCAACGGGGAAGACUUUAUUUUGAAUCUCGAGUUGCCAAAAGGUAAUAGCAUCAGAGGCAGAGCAGAGGAAAUCUUGCAGAGUUGCGCAAAAAUGGGGCUCAGCGACGAUCAAGUAUCAUCCAUGAAGGAAGCCUUCCAAUUGUUCGACACCGACGGGGACGGCAGGAUUGCGCCGUCGGAGCUCGGAAUCCUGAUGCGCUCCCUCGGCGGAAACCCUACCCAGGCUCAGCUCAAGGCCAUCGUUUCCGAGGAGAAGCUUGAUUCGCCCUUCGAUUUCAGCCGAUUCCUGGACCUCAUGUCCAAGCAUCUGAAGCCGGAGCCGUUCGAUCGUCAGCUUCGGGACGCCUUCAAGGUUUUGGACAAGGAAGGCACUGGAUGCGUCGUAGUUUCGGAUCUCAGGCACAUUCUUACCAGCAUUGGGGAGAAAUUGGAGCCUGCGGAGUUUGACGAGUGGAUCCGCGAGGUGGAUGUUAAGCCAGAUGGAAAGAUCCGGUAUGAGGAUUUCAUCGCGCGCAUGGUCGCCAAGUAAGCAGAUGAUCGAUCCCAUCUCUGGUUGUUCCAAUAUUAGGAUUGUACCAAAGUGCACUUCCAGACAUUCAUUAUUCCACCACAAGACUUCUUUUCAAUGUCUCCAAAUUUCUGGUUUGAAUUUUAGGGCCCUUUGUUUGAUUUUGAAUGUUUUAAGGUUAUUUGAUUCAUGUUUGAAUUGAUUCUGAGGACAGUUUUUAAUGUUGUUGUUGAACACUUUGUUCAGUUUGGGUGCAUGUUCUUGAUUAUUGAUUUGCA